CUCAAGAGGAGAGGAAGCAGCUAGCUGUGAACCUCACCCGUGUCCUGUCGCUCUACCGUUCCAUCCUGGACGCCUACAUCAUCGUAAACUCUGCAAGAGCAAGAAUUUUGUCUGCCUGAUUCAUUGCUGUAUCAUAGAAUAGAGCUUGGUGCAUAACCGAAGCUCCAGAAUUUGUGUUCAACAAAUGAAUGAAUAAAAAUCUUGGCAUAUCAGGUGUCUGGCAUAUAUAACAAUAGGUUACUAAAUGGUAACAUACUAAUACUGCAUGUCAGUCACUGUGGUGUUGGGGCUGCUGAUGUAAAGAAGACACCAUCCCUACCCUUAGGUUCAGUUGAGUGGAGGAAACAAGCACAUAAAUAAGUGGCAAACUUGAAAAGGAGAGAUGUGUUCAGAAUGCAUUCUGGUCUCCGAGGAAGGAGGGGAGUCUGGAACAGGCUUUAGAGAAGAGGUGACUCAGAUGAGUAGGAGGUACCUGCUGGUUGCAGCCAGUGUUGAGAGUGGGGUGGGGACAAAUGGGAACGAUAGUAGUUGGUGGGGUUUUUUGAAGACUAUUUCUAGAGAGGGGGAAGGGAGAGAGAAAGAGAGGGACACAAACAUCAGUUGGCUGCCACAUUUCAGUUGGCAGGACGAUGCUCGCCACGGAGCCACCCCAGUCGGUAGCAGCCUGUUGAUCACGUCUCCCCUUCUGCAGGAGUUUUUCACAGACGGCCUGUGGGGCACACUGCCUUGCUCAUGGCAGGAAGCACUGGAUGGACUGAACCCUCCACAGCUGGCCACACUGCUGCUAGGGAUGCCUGGGGGCGGGGACGUGGUCAGGUACAGGUCGGUGUGGCCACUUACCCUGUUGGCCCUGAAGUCUACAGCCUAUGCCCUGGCCUUUAACCGGACACCUGGGUUUCAGACCCCCUCAGAGUUUCUGGAGAACCCCAGCCAGAGCUCCCGACUUACAGCUCCAUUCCGAAAACACGUCAGGCCCAAGAAGCAGCAUGAAAUCCAGAGGCUGGGAGAGGCUCCAGGAAUCAAGAACCAAUGGCCAAGAGACCUCUGUUCCCACCUUUUUCAGUUGGUGAAAAAGCUGAGUGACCUCACAGGCUGCACCCAGGUUGUGGAUGUGGGCUCAGGCCAGGGCCAUCUCUCUCGCUUCAUGUCCUUGGGGCUGGGGCUGAAGGUGAAGAGCAUUGAAGGGGAUCAGAGACUGGUGGAGAGAGCCCAGCACCUGGACCAGGAGCUCCUGCAGGCUCUGAAAAAGGAGGAGAAGAGGAACCCACAGGUGGUGCAAACUGGGUCUCGCCACUCCCCACACCAUGUGGUUCAGUGGGUAGACCCCAGGACUCUGUGUGAGGAGCUCCUGCUUCCACUGGAGGACUCACGUCAGGGUGGGGCCCGCUUGCUGCUGACAGGCCUCCAUGCCUGUGGGGACCUGAGUGUCGCCUUGCUGAGGCAUUUCUCCUACUGCCCUGAGGUGGAGGCCCUGGCCUCAGUGGGCUGCUGCUACAUGAAGUUGAGUGACCCUGGUGGCUACCCCCUGAGUCAGUGGGUGGCCACGCUGCCUGGCUAUGAAUUGUCCUACAGGCUGCGAGAGGGAGCCUGCCAUGCCCUGGAGGAAUAUGCCCAGAGGCUACAGAAAGCAGGCCCUGGCCUCCGAACCCACUGCUACCGGGCAGCACUAGAGACAGUCAUCCGGCACGCUCAGCCCAAGCUCCGUCGGCCAGGCGUGCAGGGGAUCCCCAGGGUCCACGAACUCAAGAUCGAAGAAUAUGUGCAGCAGGGGCUGCAGCGGGUGGGGCUGGAUCCCCAGCUGCCAUUGAACCUGGCUGCCCUUCGGGCCCACCAGGCCCAGGAGAACCGUGUGGUGGCCUUCUUCAGCCUGGCCCUGUUGCUGGCUCCACUGGUGGAGACACUGAUUCUACUGGACCGGCUGCUGUAUCUUCAGGAGCAGGGCUUCCAUUCUGAGCUCCUACCCAUCUUCAGCCCUGAACUCUCUCCGAGAAACCUGGUUUUGGUGGCCACCAAGGGGCCCCUGGGUCAGGCCUUCUCUGUUCUGGAGAGUGAAGACAGCUGACAACAGCCUGCGGACGGGCACACCUGGGACCCGGGAGCCACACUGGGGUGGUAGAGUCUGCAUUCCUGACCCAGAAAAUGAGUAUCCUGCAUCCUCUCUGGAAUCUUGGCCCCCCACAGACCUUCAGCUUCAUACUCUUUAUUUCACUCCAUGUAUUAUGUUGUAUUACAUAAAAAUUUAUUUUUAAUUUAAAAAGUCAGAAUCUUUAUUUUCCUUCCCCUUCUGUUAAAUACGGAAAAGGACAGGUGUACACCCUCCCAACUUAGAUCCUGCAGAGGUGCGACAAUUAGGUUUCAUGUCCCCAACCCCCACUGCCCUCCAGAACAGGUGGCAUGUUCCCAGGGCUCCACUGGAGGGAACCUCUCUCCCACCAGUCUCCAUCCCUGAAUCGGUAAGCCCUGUGCCUCGGAGGCCACCUUCAGGCUAGCU